CUGACGUCACUGCUGCGCGCCGGAAGCGGGCCGGCCCUCAGCGCAGCGGGGCAGCGGGGGGUUCGCGGGGCCGGCGCGACCAUGCCGGUCACCGGGAAGACUUUCCGCCGGCGCCGGGCCGACUCGGAGUCGGAGGAAGAUGAGCAGGGCUCAGAAGAGGUUCGAUUGAAACUGGAGGAGACCCGAGAGGUGCAGAACUUGAGGAAGAGGCCCAACGGAGUGAGUGCUGUAGCCCUGCUGGUGGGCGAGAAGGUACAAGAGGAGACCACUCUGGUGGACGACCCCUUCCAGAUGAAGACCGGAGGCAUGGUGGACAUGAAGAAGCUGAAGGAAAGGGGCAAGGACAAGAUCAGUGAAGAGGAAGACCUCCACCUGGGGACAUCGUUCUCGGCGGAAACCAACCGGAGGGACGAGGACGCCGACAUGAUGAAGUACAUCGAGACGGAGCUGAAGAAGAGGAAAGGGAUCGUGGAGCACGAAGAGCAGAAAGUGAAGCCCAAGAACGCAGAGGACUGUCUCUACGAGCUCCCGGAAAGCAUCCGCGUCUCCUCGGCAAAGAAGACCGAGGAGAUGCUUUCCAACCAGAUGCUGAGCGGCAUCCCCGAGGUGGACCUGGGCAUCGACGCUAAGAUAAAAAACAUCAUCUCCACGGAGGAUGCCAAGGCCCGCCUGCUGGCAGAGCAGCAGAACAAGAAGAAAGACAGCGAGACAUCCUUUGUGCCCACCAACAUGGCGGUGAAUUACGUGCAGCACAACCGAUUUUAUCACGAGGAGCUCAACGCCCCCAUUCGGAGGAACAAAGAAGAGCCCAAAGCCCGGCCCUUGCGAGUGGGCGACACCGAGAAGCCGGAGCCUGACCGGUCCCCCCCAAACCGCAAGCGUCCUGCUAACGAGAAGGCCACUGAUGACUAUCAUUAUGAGAAGUUCAAGAAGAUGAACAGACGGUAUUGAGGGCAGCCACGGGAGAAGUGCAGAUUGGGGUGUAAAUAGCACUGCCCUCGCCCCAUGGUAAAGCCUUCCUGGACAGAACCCUGACCAUUGGCUAGCAGACAGUUCCAGAAACAGACUCCUAGUCUGGCUGCUUACCUUACCUGCUGGAUUUUUCAGGCUCUAAAUUUGUAUCCUUUUGAAACAAAACAAUACAUGGUUUUCUUAUUUGGAGGCAAACUAUUCUUGUGAAUGUUAUUAAAUCUUGUUUGUAAAUAA